AUGGCUACCGAUUUUAAUAUGCACGAUUUUUCGCAUCCGAAGUUUAAAUAUGCUAUUCGCCGUCCAAGAGAGGGCUUGCAAAUGCCGAAAGGAAACGUCAACAUCGUGCACGAUGAACUCAUCUGGAAGAAUCACAUCAGGAACCAAAACGAGAGUCUCGCUCUCUGGGAGAGAAAUUGGGGCUUCACGAAGGAUCUCUACUCGAAUAUGCAGAAAGAAAUUAACGGCGAGCAAGAAGCAAGAGAUCUCAAACCACCACCUAAAACUACCUCCGGCUUUUACGGAUCAAGGCAGCCGAAUUGGCUAGCGCUUCGACGGUUUGCGAUGGCAGAAGAAGUUGUUGGAAAGUACUGCUGGCUUGAACCAUGGCUGGAAAAAUAUCGUCCUCAGAACUUCUCUGGUCUGGGUGCGAUUUCUGCCCAUGGUCCAGUCGCCGGUGCUGGACCGCUCAGUAUCGACAAGAACAAAGCCGUUUUCCGUGAGAUGCUCGAUCAAGACAACAACUAUCUUCUGAUGGUCAGCGGGCCGCCGGGCUGUGGAAAGAAAGAAGCGCUUCUCGACUUCGUCAAAGAAAUGCACGGCGAAAACUCAGAAAGCAUGUACUACCAGAUCAACGCUAAACAAGGAGCCAAGGAAAUUGAGCGACAAGCGUUGCUUCUGGCUCGUAGCGUUCCCUUCAGCUUGUAUUGUCAGAUAUCGGGCAAGCCGAAAAUCCUCAUUGUGGAGGAUUUCGACAUUCUCAAUACCAGCGAGCAAAAUGCCUUGCGAUAUCUCUUUCGUUCCAGUGGUAAUCCUGGAAUACCCGGUCUCAGCGGGAUGGCUGGCUUCGGAGAGGUUCCACAGAUGGACUUUGAUGAUGCCGAUCUGGAGGCAGAGCUUGGUGAUAUUCUUGGGGAGGAUAGACCUAAACCAAAGCCGAAAGCAAAAGGCGGGAAGAAAGCGUUUUCUUCGGUCGAGGAGUGGGCCAACUUUGACAAAAUGGUAGCGGGUUGCAUGGACGAUAUCGGAGAUGAUGACGAUGAGGAUAUUGAUGAUCCAGACCUACUAGCUGAGCUAAUGGAUGUUGCCGAAGACGAGGAAGAGCCCGCUCCCAAGCCGAUUAAAAAGCCUCCGGCAAUUCCUCCCAGAAAGGUAGCCGCUCCUCCUCCUCCAGUGCCAGCGCAGGUUCCUGCGACGCCUGCCGUUUCAUCGACGAGUCUUCUUACACAAAGAAUGGAAGAAUAUAAAACAGCUGCCAUUAGUGCAAAAAAUCGCGGUGACAAAGAAUCAGCAAUCAAGUUAAUGGGAACAUUCAAGGCGCUGAAACAGUGCGCACAAAACGGUGAAGGAUUCGUUGAUCCUGGACCUCCUUCUGGCAUUCAUGUUAACCAAGCCCCUCCGCCUCAGAAUUCAUCUUCCACUGCAUCCGAUACCGCAGCUCCUUCUUCUGGUGGUUCCCUUUUAGAUGUUCUUCGACAACAUCGUCAUUUAUUCUUUGUGCGUCUUCAAGCUGAAACAAACGCGUCAAAAACGAGGAGAUACACCAAACAGCUGAAACAAUUUGACGAUGCUAUCAAAGCUGUCGAAGCUGGUAAAAAUGUGGAUGUUUCCGGCUUGCCCGUUAUGCCUGGAGCUCCGCCAUUUCCUAGCGAGGAACAAGAAGUAGUCGCCCCUUCACCUUCUACUGAAGAAGCAACGGAAAGCAUUCCAGAACAGAGUCGUCCUGAAACGCAGUCAGAGCCGACUGUUGCCAAACCCCAACAGCCCCCUCCUCAACAAGAAUCACCUCAGAAGAAAGCAGCUAUGCAGCAGCCGACUGAAUCAGUUUCUUCGACAACCUUGGAUCCUCCAAAGUCUGUCCUUGAAGGUCUUCUCCAGCGUCGAGAAAUGAUGCAGACAAGGGUGAAAGCAGAGACUGGCGCUAAAGCUCGACGACUAGAAAGACAGACGAAACAAUACGAUGCAGUAAUAAAAUCGUACAGAGGCGGAAAGGCCGUAGACUACUCAUCGCUAGUGGUUCCUCCAGGGGCACCAGAUAUGCCUGGCGAAACGCAACUAACGCUGCAUCAAAGAAUGAAACAAGCCGACGAUAGUGGAGAUCAUGCUGCCCCAUCGCCAAUUAACUCCCCGCAGAAAAUGCCUUCCCCAGCGCAGCCUCAACAAGUGAACACUUCAAAAUGCGCAAAACAACUGGAAUUUCUUCAAAAUAGACACGAAGAGUUUAAGAAAGCUGCGAUUCAAGCCAGAGAUAAUGGGAACAGGCAAGAAGCGAUGACUUUUAUGAAGACCAUGAAGUCGCUACAGAACAUGAUUGAGCAUACCAAAAAUGGCCUUCCAUGUGAUAUCAGUAAAGUCCCAGCUGCUCCUAUUCCUUCUCGCCCAGCGAUUGGAACGAUUCAGGGAUCACAAAAACGCAGUCCAGCUCACUCAAAUCUGCUUGAAGAUCUGCAAGAACAACUGAAGAAAGCAAAAACUCUAUCAAAAACAUUCACGGCUUUGAAUAUGUUGGAUAAAGCGAGUAUGAUGGACAAAUGGGCUUCUGAAACAUUCCGAGAUAUUUCUGCAGUAGACAUUCUAACAAAGCAAGGUCGACCAAUACCAGAUGUAAUUUGGGAAACGCGGCGGGUGAAAUCAAUCAAGUUAUUUACGCACAUCGAGCCCAAUCAAUGCGAAAUCAAAGUUGAGAAUUUGCUCGAGAUGCCGAAAGAUCUCCACAACGAAAGUAUAUUUGUUCAAGUGCACUUUCCAUAUCCAAGAGAGCCAGAAUGCAUCUUCCGUUCUGGAUACGUUAAAUCGAGUGCGAACAUCAACCUUGAAUUUAAACAUGUUGUUGGAAUCGAUCGUCAGAAGAAUGCAUUCAAACGAGCGAUUGAACGAAAGCCUGUCGAGUUUGAAGUAUUUAAAAAAGGAGGAAUAUUUAGUUCUGACAGAUCUCUUAUGAAGAGCGCUAUAAAGUUGACAGAUUUCGAAACUGAAUGUGAAAUCAGAAAAGUCCUUCCCCUCGUCGCAAAUAAGAAGUCAGUUGCGAAAAUUCAAGUGCGACUAAGACUGAGAGAGCCGAUGGAGAAGGCUCAAGUUGUCGAAGAAGAAAUGCAGUGGGCUAUUCUCGACUCUGUUGCAAAAAAAUCUCAAGCGAAGAAGCCGGCCACCAGAGCUCAACCAACAUCACAAUCGGCAGCUCAGCAACGGAACUCAAACUUGCCAAAAUUAAAACCAAAAAGCGCUCUGAAACAUGAUAUUGCCAUUGCGAAGGGAGGGAUCGAAAUCGCGAAACAAAAAAGAGAUCAAGAAAAGUUCCAAAAGUUCUCACAACAAGUCAAAUUACUUGAAGACGAAUUGGCACGUUCUCGGGAAUAUGCGAGAUCGCACCCGGCUGAUUACAAAGUGAUUUGCGCAAAUUAUAUUCAAAAAUGUAUGACUGGACUGGAAAUGGCUGAAGAGCAAGGAUGGACGGAACAAGCUCUCGAUAUCUCGAAAAAAAUUGGCGCAUGCAAUGCCGAAAUCAAAAGUCUAAGCGAGGGCUUUUAA